AUGCAGACACCUUUAUAUCAAGCGGACGUCACGGCAGACCACAAUAACGUGAUAACUAGACGUCCUGGUGAUAAAGCAUAUAUUCAUGUUAUUCCUUCCACAAAUAAUCUGGUUAACGCCUGCAAAGAAGAAACCAAACACCUAUCGGCCUUUUUGAUUUUUCGUAAAAUCAUUGCUCCUAACCACUCAUAUGGAGAUGGUAGCGCACUGGCUGGAUUACUAUGGGGUGCAGCAACACGAGAAUUGAAAACGGUGAUGAAAAAAAAGGAAUUAGAAGUAAAACAGUGUUUGAGCCAACGCUGGGUUUUUAAACAUUACAAGCCUGGUAAACGCCGUGACAAGCCUGGUAAACGCCGCGACAAGCGUGGGAAACCUAAAACAGGCUCUCAUGCUUAUAAUAAUUGCAUUGAGACUAGGCUUGAUAGCGCCAAUGGAAAUGAAACUAUUUAUUCUCGGUGUCAGACAAAUAAUGAGACUAGUGAACCGGAAACUAGCUAUAAAACUACUCCGGAUUCUUCUACAAGCGUGGCAGAAAGUUUCAAUAAUGAGUUUUCUACGAACAUAAUAAAGGGGAUUAAUGUUAGUAAUGAAGAUGUUGGCAUGAAUUCAAGUAUUGAUAACAGUGUUGGCAAUAUUGCCUAUAAUGAGAAUAAUAAUUUUGUAUAUAGCGAUUUUAUGAGUGUUAAUGUGACUGAUAAUAAUUUUGUGUAUAGCGAUUUUAUGAGUGUUAAUGUGACGGAUAAUAAUUUUAUGGGUGUUUUCACGGGCGAUAUGAAUCUGUAUGAUAGUGUCAUUGAUUCCUUGGACGGUAAUAUCGUUGAUACAUUCUUAAUUACUUGCAAUUUAAAUUCCGAGAAUGAAAUGGAGCGGGUUUCCACUAACAGAUUCUAA